AUGAGCAUAAGCAAAAGCAAAACUACUACAAACGAUGAUAAAAAAGAGGACAACACCCUUCAAAUUCAAAAUAUUUCUUCCGGUUCUGUGACAAGUACAGACGAUGAAAAGAGGAGAGACGCAGAAGAGGAUAGUGAGACUGCUAAAAAAGAAAAAAAUGUAGAUGCAAAGAAUAAUACCACAACAUCUUCCUCAGAAAUAAAUGUUGGACUUCAUGCACAGAGCAAAGGGACUAGAAUUUUUGCAAAUGGGACUGUAUCUGCAAUGCCACGACCAUUGCCGUUACCGAGAUCGAAAGUUCAGUGGAC